AUGCUUGUGAAGACUGCUCUCACUGCCCUCUUGGGCUUGGCCAUGGUCUCCGACGCAGCUAUUAUUCCCAAUACCGACUCCUCAUCACUCGAGCGAAGACAACCCAACAAGAAGUUCAACAAUAAUCGUGCCCAGUUCAACGGUCAGUUUGGCGGCAACGGCCAAUUUAAUGGAAAUGCUGGCAACAAUGGUCAGAAUGGGAAUGCCAAUAGGGGAGGCAACAACCAAGCCGCCGCCAACACCUGUCUCGCUGCGGGCGCCAUUCAGACGGGUUCUGCAUCAACGGGUCAGAGCGGUGCUACAGCGGCGGAUGGCCAGGUGAACUCCAAGACAGAUAAUGCCAACUUCAUCAACUUCUGCAAUGGCCAGACCUUGACGAACGGUCUACAAGUCAAGACUGGUUCCUGCAACGGCAUCCCCAUGGGCAAGAUCCCUUCCACCGACCGGAUGGUUUCCACCGUUGUCCUCUUCCCCAAGAACAACGACAAUAUUGCAGCCGACCAGACCUUCACCAUCCAGGUCAAACUGAACAACAUUGCGCUAGGUUCCUUCACCAACGCUACCAGCACCUACUACUCAGCUCCUCAGGAUCUCGACGGCACUGGUAGAGUUAUUGGCCACACCCACGUCACCGUUCAGGACACCGGCAACACACUGAACCCCACCGAGCCGCUCGAUGCCCGCCAGUUCGUCUUCUUCAAGGGCAUCAACGAUGCUGGCAACGGAGCGGGUACUCUGUCGACCGACGUGACGGGCGGUCUCCCUGCGGGCAACUAUCGUAUCUGCACCAUGACCUCGGCGGCCAACCAUCAGCCUGUCCUCAUGCCCGUUGCGCAGAGAGGUUCCCAGGAGGAUUGCCGGUACUUUACCGUUUCCGCCACGGCGGCGGCGGCGGCGGUGGUCCACUGA